UAAAUCCCAUCAUUGUAACCAUUUUUCUUCGUAUCUUUGUUUUUUAUGUCUUGUUAUUGUCAUUGAAAGUGCUUCAUUUUUAUCUAAUCAUAGUGAAAAUUGUGAGACAAGCGACUCAAAUUGUUCGCUCGAAUAUUGAUUGUUAAAGAAGAAAACGAAAUAUUAUAACUGCAUUGUGAGAAAUUGUGAAAGAGAGAGCAAAAGCGAACAAGCAAACGACAUUCGUCAAAUGCAUUUCAUCAAUGAAAAUUGUUGAUUUUACGUACAAAAAAAAACACACGAUAAAGUUUGAUCUAUGAAAUGCAACCAUCACCAUAAUCAUAUCAUCACCAUCAUCAACGCGCUUAAAUGAAAUUAAUUAAAUCAAACAGGGAAAACGAAGAAAGAUCAGAAAAGGGUAUAAAUGUGUAUUGUGGCGGUGUGACACCAAGACAUUCCUUUUGAUGAACGAUUUUCUACAACAGCAACACAAAAAGUAGACAAUUUCAAUACUCACAUCGCCCGAUUGCGCUUGCACAAGACUGGCUAAAAUAAAGGCCCGAAUACAGAUAGAGAGGGCGGGUGUAGUUUGUAAUUUGCUAAGCUGCCGGUUUAGAUAAAAAAUGGAAAAAUAUCCAUUGAAAGGCACUAACAAGUCAAUAGCUUUGCAAUCAUUGGUUGGCAGUUCAAAUAAAAAUUCGAUUGGAAGCAGUAGUAGCGGGAAUAGCAGUACUGGUGUCACAUAUCAGUCAGUUAGCAAGAAGGCAUUAAACGGGAAUCGCAAACUUCAAAAUACAACAUCAUUAUCAAUACCGUCCGUGGAUGAUGACAUGAUCGAUAUCACGCCACGUAAUCAAAACUAUUCGUCAGCAAUGGGAACAAAUUAUGAACGACAAGAUAAUUCACCGAUACAUCAUAGUAGCUCAUACACACGUGACCGGGAACUUAACGAUGCCGAAGGUAGCAUAUUAUUUUAUGGCAGUAGUGGAGAUGGUGAUGAUAUUCCAGGGAUUGGGCAAUAUGAAGAUUUUCACACAAUCGAUUGGCAGCGUGAUAUAGCACGCGAUCGUAUGCGACAUCGAUACAUAGUAAAAAAGAUUCAAGAUUCUGUAUGGGAUUUUUUGAAGGGUGCACAUGAUGCAUGGUCGGGAUGGGUGUGUGUACUUCUCGUUGGUAUAUUUUCAGGCUGUGUAGCUGGUAUAAUUGACAUUGGCGCAAGUUGGAUGACAGAUUUAAAAUUAGGUAUUUGUCCGCAAGCAUUUUGGUUAAAUCGCGAACAAUGUUGUUGGUCAUCAAACGAAACAACAUUCGACAGUGGAAAUUGCUCACAGUGGUACACAUGGUCUGAAGUGAUGGGAAGCUCACGGGAGGGAGUAGGUGCUUAUAUAAUUUCAUAUAUUUUCUAUACAAUGUGGGCGUUAUUCUUUGCGUUUUUAAGUGCGUCACUCGUACGAAUGUUUGCACCAUAUGCAUGCGGUUCGGGUAUACCUGAAAUUAAAACAAUUCUAUCCGGCUUCAUUAUUCGAAGUUACUUAGGAAAGUGGACGUUAAUCAUUAAGUCGGUCGGUCUGAUGUUAUCAGUAUCGGCUGGUUUAUGUUUGGGAAAAGAAGGCCCAAUGGUUCAUAUCGCUAGUUGUAUUGGCAAUAUUUUAUCAUAUCUAUUUCCGAAAUAUGGACGUAAUGAAGCAAAAAAACGUGAAAUUUUAUCAGCCGCUGCUGCCGCCGGUGUAUCAGUCGCUUUUGGCGCACCAAUCGGUGGUGUUUUGUUUAGUUUGGAAGAAGUUUCCUAUUAUUUCCCAAUGAAAACAUUAUGGAGAUCAUUCUUUUGUGCGCUUAUUGCCGCUUUCGUUUUACGAUCAAUCAAUCCAUUUGGUAAUGAGCACACCGUCUUAUUCUUUGUUGAAUAUCAUAAACCGUGGAUCUUUUUCGAAUUGGUGCCGUUUGUGGCACUUGGCAUCAUGGGCGGUGUCGUUGGAUCAAUUUUCAUAAGAGCAAAUUUGUACUGGUGCCGUUAUCGUAAAUCAAGCAGACUUGGCCAAUAUCCAGUCACUGAAGUUGUUGUCAUCACACUCAUUACCGCAAUCAUUUCAUAUCCAAAUCCAUAUACACGAAUCAAUAUGCCACAAUUGAUUUUACUGCUAUUCAGCCAAUGUGGCAUUUCAAACAGCGAUCCUCUGUGUGAUUAUAAUCGAAAUUUCACCGAUGUAAAUUCGGCUAUUGAAAUUGCCGCAGCCGGACCCGGUGUAUAUAAAGCAAUUUGGCUUCUAAUUUUAGCCUUUAUUGUCUAUCUUGUAUUGACAGUAUUCACAUUUGGCAUGAAAGUUCCUUGUGGUCUUUUCAUUCCCUCGCUUACGCUUGGUGCUAUCAUCGGUAGAAUUGUUGGCAUUGGAAUGGAGCAAUUGGCGUAUAACUAUUCAAAGAUUUGGAUAUUCUCCGGUGAAUGUUCAACCGGAGAUGAUUGUAUAACACCUGGCCUGUAUGCGAUGGUUGGAGCGGCCGCUGUCCUUGGCGGUGUCACUCGAAUGACAAUUUCGCUGAUUGUCAUCAUGUUUGAAUUAACUGGAGGCGUGAACUAUAUCGUACCAUUGAUGGCAGCUGCAAUGGCAUCAAAAUGGGUUGGCGAUGCUCUUGGGCGUGAGGGUAUAUAUGAUGCACAUAUUGCUUUGAACGGUUAUCCAUUUUUGGGUAAAGAAGAAUUUGCUCACACCACACUUGCGGCUGAUGUUAUGCAACCAAAGCGAAAUGAGACAUUGUCAGUGAUUACGCAAGAUUCAAUGACGGUCGAUGAUAUCGUAAAUCUACUAAAGGAAACUGAACAUAAUGGGUAUCCAGUUGUUGUGUCAAAAGAGAGCCAAUAUUUAGUGGGAUUUGUUUUAAGACGAGAUCUCAAUUUGGCAAUCGCGAAUGCAAAACGUUUUAUCGAUGGAAUCACGGGCCAAUCGAUCGUUUUGUUUACAUCAAUGGCACCCGUACAAAAUCUCGGUCCACCACCAUUGAACUUGAAGAAAAUCCUAGAUAUGGCACCAAUCACAGUGACCGAUCAAACACCCAUGGAAACUGUUGUAGAUAUGUUCAGAAAAUUAGGUUUACGCCAAACAUUGGUCACACACAACGGACGAUUACUCGGUGUCAUAACAAAGAAGGAUGUACUACGACACGUUAAGCAAAUGGACAAUGAGGAUCCAAAUACGGUGUUAUUCAAUUAAAAGGAAAAACAAACAGUGAUGACAAAGAUGUGUGUAUAUGCGUGUAUAAAACUGAUACUGUGUGUGAAUUUUGUGAAAUUGCAAUUGAUUGUCAAAAGAUGAAAGAACGACGACGAGUAUAUGUAUAACUUUAGUUAAAUUAGGUAAGCUAUUAUUGCAUGUAAAAAAAACAGAUAUGUAUUUGAACACACUCAUGUAAUUUAAAUGAAUUAAUUUAAAAAUUGUAUAAUUUUGUUUUUAAAUUCAAACAAUUAUUUUAUUAAAUAAAGAGAAAUUGUAAAGACAUAAUGGGAGCUGAAAAUGACGUUUUUA